AUGGCUUUGGGAGUGAGUGGUUUUCCAUUAACAAUGGUGGUUCACAUUCUGGCAAUUCCUGCAAUAAUAAUGGUUCUGGUUUGGAACAUCCACUUCAGGGGUGGCUUGUCUUGGAACUCUUCCAACAAACCUCUCAUCUUCAACAUUCAUCCUGUUCUUAUGCUAAUUGGAGUAAUAAUUAUUGGAGGUGAAGCAAUUAUAAGUUACAAAUCUCUUCCUUUGAAGAAGAAAAACAAGAAAUUGAUACACCUUGUUCUACAUGGCAUGGCACUAACACUUGGAAUAAUUGGAAUUUACUCUGCCUUCAAGUUUCAUAAUGAAAGUGGGAUUGACAAUCUCUACAGCUUGCAUUCAUGGCUUGGGAUUGGGGUUAUAAUUCUCUACGGAAUUCAGUGGAUAUUAGGGUUUGUGGUGUUCAUGUACCAUGGAGAUGGAGAUGGAGGGAGUUCAUCCCUAAGAAGCAAAGCAGUUCCUUGGCAUGUAUUAAUGGGGCUCUCAGUGUACCUCUUGGCUGUUGGAAAUGCUUCUCUAGGGUUUGUAGAGAAGCUUACUUUUCUGCAGAGUUCAGGAUUGCCAAAACAUGCCUCUGAGGCCCUUCUUGUCAACUUCACUGCCAUUCUCACUAUCUUGUAUGGUUUCUUUGUUGUGCUAUCUGCUGUCUCACCCUCCUCAACCAUAUGA